AUGUGGCUCUUUGUGGCCUUGAAAGACAUGGAGAGAAUGGUAACUUUUGAGGUCACUGACUAUGUGGUGUACCUAGCCACCAACACCAGCAAUGGCUUUGGCUCUUCGCAAUAUGUGGGCACCGCCCCUGCCUAUGUCCCAGAUUCAUUAGAGUCUAGCUUUGCUGAGCAGACCACACCCAGCAGUUUGGAGUUCUACGAUGCUUCUGUGGCAUUCACAGACCUGGAUUUAGACGCUGGAGAGCUGGGUGGCAACAUCACUUGGCAAGAGCAGGAUGCUGAUGCCAGUGUCUCCGCGGUGAACUUCAUUGACCAGGUUUACACGAGGUCCAUCCUGGCUGAGCAAAGCACCCCAGUGACCACAGCUUUGAGCGAUUUGGCAGUCCUCGUGUCAAAUAUUGAGAUGUUGGACGAUGACCUCGAUGAAUUUGAGCUUGGAGGCUCGAUCACUUGGAGUUCGCUGUUCCAAGCACCGGUCAUUCGUUUCCAAGUCUUCCUCGGACCACCAGAGAAAGGGCAUUUUGUGGCAGAAGUGUUGGCGCACAAUGGCCAGAACUAUGAGGCUGUCCUGCCAUUGAACACAGAGCUGAGCAACUUCAGCUUUGUGUCAGUAUUUGCUUCUUCCGCCCUGGCACAAGCGACACUGGGUGCCUUUGCCUAUUUGAAGGAUGUGGUGGCGCAAGUGGUGAGUUUGAGCUUCAUCGAUGAAGAUUUGGACGCCUUCCAGCUGGGUGGCAUUGUUCGUUGGGAGGAGCCAAUGGAUAGCUCUCGCGUGGUGAGCUACUCUGUGGUACUUGCAGAUCCAAGUGGAGCUCAACAGGUGCUUGCAUCGACCAACGAGACACAGGUUACCCUGGAAUCACUUUUGGCAGCCUCUCCUGGCUUUGCCACACGUGUCACGGUGGCCUUAUGCCUCAGCAAUGCCUCAGAUGCCGUUGAGACGCUCUCUUUGGGAUUUGCAUUGCCACUCCUGAACUUUGGUGAUCUACGUUGGCCUGCUGCGGCAGUAUUCUUUGGCAUGCUUACAGGCGGAUGCGCCGCAGGCACUUUGGCUGAGCGCUUUGGUCACAAGCGGUUGCUGGUCAUGAUGCUGUACCUUGAGGCUUUAGCAGCUGUGGCCACAACAGCAGCGACCUUUGAGAGGAGUAGUUUGGGAGUGGUGUCAAUGAAUGGUGUCGCAUCAAGGAGAGGAUCAUGGCACUUGACCCUUUGUCGCUACAUCAGCGGCGUUGCCAUUGGCGCAGCCGUUCCCCCCCAUUUUUGCGUUGGCAGAGGAGUUGAUCCAUCCACGAAAGAGGCGGCACCGAAGCCACCUGGCGGCAUCGUGCCAAAACCACACAGAAGGAAUGUUAGAUGUUUGACAUGA